CCAAAAGAGGAAGUAAAUUUUAAUCAAAUUUCCUAAUAAAACUAAAAAAGAAAGUAGAUUUAAAGUAAUUAACAUCAUUAUGUCUUUAAAGACAGAAAAAUAGACAAAAAAUAAAUCACAUUUUAACAGGAAAUUAUUUUCAAGAAUGUCUCAAGAUCCUGAUUAUUACCAAACUGUAUCAUUGAAGCUGUCAAAUGUGCUCAAUGAUAUUGGUGUCAAUGAGAGAAUGAUUCUGAAGAGGAGGAGGACGGUCUUGUUGAUGGAAACUAUGGCUACUAGUACUUACAGAUUGCUGGGCAAGAAUGCUUCCAUCUAUUAUUUUGGUAGCCAGUCUGAAGUGUCUACAACAACAGGGCUCCAUUCAGACAUUGAUAUACUCAUAUGCAACAAUAAGAAUGAUGUAAUACAGAACUGGACUGAGUGGCAACCUGGCAGGCACAAUCUACUGAUGAUCCAGGAUGAGACCACAUCACCAGGUUACUGUCUACUACAACGUUUGAGGGAUGGUGAGCCUCUUCCUCUUCCUAUUUCUUUCCUUGAUCAUAUACCAGACAGUAAUCUUAGAGUUAGCAGAGGUAAAGUGCUGCUGAAGAACACACUUUUUAGAGAUGUCAUUGGAGCAGGAAGUGCAAUAAAUGGUCCUGCUGAAUCAAUGCAAGGAAGGCCAGGUUUUGCUGAUAAAGAUUUUGUUGCAGCAUGCCACUGUAAAUCAUGGCCUGCAGAAGCCAAACCUUGGUUAUUAAGACAAGGUAAAGGAAGAUGGCCUACAGAAAACAUGAAGAGAUACUGCGAGACUACAGGAUGUUUUGUUGUGCCAGUAAGCAGUAAAAAUGGCCAGAAUGAAGAACUUGAAUGGAGAAUAUCUACUUCUCAUGCUGAAAGAUGUCUGAUGUUCAGUUUAAACAUCACACAAUUAAGAUGUUACAUCCUGAUGAAGAUGAUUCUUAAAACAUUUAUAAAUCCUCAAUGUGAUUCUGUCCUUUCAAGUUUCAUGUGUAAAACUGUUUUAUUUCAUUGUAUACAAAAUACACAUUCAAAUAACUGGCAGGAAUCCAACUUACUCCCAUGUUUGAUGUGCUGCCUUACAAUAUUGCAGAACUUUGUUAGACAAGAAAACUGUCCACAUUUUAUAAUACCUGAAAACAACCUGCUGGCAGAAAGAAUUUCACCUCAUAACAAACAUAAAACUCUUGAAAUCUUACAAAAUAUUAUACAAAGUGAGGGUUGUGCACUGCUGGAGAUUCCCAUUGAUGACCUUGGUAGGAGACUGCAGGUGAAGAUGAACAUGGAUGAAGCUUUUCAGUAUUAUCAAACUCCAGCCCAAAAACAUGCCCUUAUUUCAACAAAGCUGCUACUUUCUACUGCCAAUAUAGUAAUUGCCAGUCACAGGAUCCUUUUAACAAAAAAAACGCAUGAUGGAAAUGAGAUAGUGCGUGAAAAUUUAUCAAACUUUAUAUUAACACUAACUAAAAUGUACAGGAAAAUGGGUUUUAAUUGUCUGGAAAAAUCUGCAAUGAAGCUUUUAGCAUCUCUGCUUUCAUCUUCACUAGGGUCUGUGAUAGCAUCUCAUGACAUUUACACUACUCGCAGUAUAUCCUCAGAAGCACUGGUCUGGUUUUCAGUUGGUUUGAAUUCAGAUGUGUCAUCUGGUAGAUUGAAACUUGCAUCAGCAUUAUAUUGUGCUGGAUAUAUGGAAAGAGCAGAGUUUGUUCUGAGGAAUACUGAAGCUAAGUAUGAUCUGAAUACUGUUGAACCUGUAUGUGGAUGUUUUGAUCAAUGCAACAGUCACGAAAGGUCAGAAUUCAUCAAUAAAUGUAACACUGGAAAUGAAGAAGUGAUAAAACAUUACACAGCAUUUUGUGUUAGCUUUCUUAAGUGUGAAAUUUGCUGUGUUCCUGAAGAGCUACAGUAUGAAAUGUUUAGAUCUACACAAGAGGACAUGCUUGAAAGGGAUGAAGGACUUGACUUUUGGAUGGACUUGGCUGUGGUAGAUAGUUUCCCUUAUCUCUACUUCCUACAGUACAAAACUUACAGUGCUCUUCAGAGGGUGGCAGACCAACAAUGUGCACUUGCAAACCUUGUCACUACCAUUGAAACAGAACCAAACCUAAACCACAGGGAAACAUCACUGAACUUACUAGGACAGUGUAUGGAACAGGAAAACCGACAUACUGAUGCUUUACGCUGCUACAUGAUAUCUCUGAAUAUCCGUGCAAGAAACAAUGCUGCAAACUUACUGAUCUGUAGACUUCUCAAUAAAAUAGUUAACAUGCAGGAAAAUACACUGAGCUGAACAGGGUAUUCUAUGGAACAUGCAGGAAAAUACACUGAGCUGAACAGGGUAUCCUAUGGAACAUGCAGGAAAAUACACUGAGCUGAACAGGGUAUUCCAUGGAAUAUGCAGGAAAAUACACUGAGCUGAACAGGGUAUUCCAUGGAACAUGCAGGAAAAUACACUGAGCUGAACAGGGUAUUCCAUGGAACAUGCAGGAAAAUACACUGAGCUGAACAGGGUAUUCCAUGGAACAUGCAGGAAAAUACACUGAGCUGAACAGGGUAUUCUAUGGAACAUGCUAUAC